AUGUCUUCUCAGUUAUCGGCGGUCGAACUUCUCAAUUUAGGAGAUGAAAAUAGGGUAAAACCAGAGCUAAAUAAAUACUGGCCUGAAAUUUUAGGCGUUACAUUGGGUGUCGGGGUUGCAGCAUUUGUCAAUUUCCAAACAAGACGUCCUGUGUUCAGCGGCAUUCAAAAAUAUGUUCUUAGUGUUGCUGGUAUAACUGCUGUUCUAAAGUAUGUACAAAACACACGAGAUGAUUAUUUAGCUGAAAAGGAUGCAGUACUUAGACAUUACGUCCAAUUGCAUCCUGAGGAUUUUCGUGAACCUGAACGUAAGAAGAUAGCUGACAUCCUAGAACCAUGGAUUCCAGUCCGCUGA